CUCGUAUCCUCCGACCAGAAGACUUCCUUCCGCGACUGCAUUUUGGCAUUCGUCACCGAAGCAUGUUAUCUCGACGCUUGUUCCUUCUUCGCCCCCUCGUGCGCGCCCCUUGGGCGUCCACAUCCUUCUUCUCCACCAGGAAAAACUACUUUGAGGAAUACGAGCGCAGCCUCGCGAGCCCAGAGUCGUUCUGGGCCGACGCCGCCAAAGACAUCCACUGGUUCAAGCCGUACUCGACCGUGUUGGACCAAUCCAACUCCCCCUUCAACAAGUGGUUUGUGGAUGGCGAGAUGAACACGUGCUACAGCGCCGUGGACGAGCACGUGGCCAACGGCCGCGGCGACCAAGUGGCAAUCCACUACGACAGCCCCAUGACCGGCACCAAGAUUGACAUCACGUACAACGAACUGCUUGACCAAGUGUCUCGGUUCGCGGGGGCGUUGGCCGCGGAAGGCGUGACCAAAGGGGACCGCGUCGUGAUCUACAUGCCGAUGGUUCCCGAGACGGCGGUUGCCAUGUUGGCCUGUGCGCGCCUGGGGGCGAUCCAUUCCGUGGUCUUUGGCGGAUUUUCCGCCAAGGAAUUGGCCAUUCGCAUCCAAGACGCGUCGCCCAAGGUGAUUCUGGCAGCCAGUUGCGGCCUUGAGCCCAAGGGCGUGAUCGAAUACGAAGCACUUCUCAAGGGCGCGCUGGCCCUCAGCACCCACCAGCCCCAGCGCUGCGUGAUCCUCCAGCGCUCCCAGUGCGAGUACGCCAUCGACUCGCCCCGCGACGUCUGUUGGGAUGCGUUUGUCCAGCAUGCGACGCCGCAUGCAUGCGUGCCUGUGCUCUCGACGGACCCGCUCUACAUUUUGUACACGUCUGGCACGACUGGCAAGCCCAAGGGCGUGGUGCGCGACAACGGAGGACACAACGUCGCACUCAAGUGGGUGUUUCAACACGUGAUCGGCCUGCGCCCUGGCGACACGUGGUGGGCAGCGUCCGACUUUGGUUGGGUCGUGGGCCAUUCGUUCAUCGUGUACGGCCCCCUCUUCCUCGGCUGCAAAACUGUGAUUUACGAAGGGAAACCAGUGGGCACGCCGGACGCAGGCGCGUUCUGGCGGGUCAUUGCCGAGUACAACGUCCGCAGCAUGUUUACAGCGCCCACAGCAUUGCGGGCGAUUCGAAAGGAAGACCCGAACGCGCUCCAAGUCGACAAGUAUGCGUCGCAAAUGAAAAAACACCUUCGGUCGUUGUUUGUGGCGGGGGAGAGAGGGGACCCAGCGACGAUCGAGUAUUUCAUGAAUCAACUCCGGAUUCCAGUCGUGGACAACUGGUGGCAGACAGAGAUUGGGUUCCCCGUGUGUUCCCAGAUGAUGGGUAUGAACCAAACCCGAUUGGACGGCCGCGAGUGCCCUGGAAUCAAGCUCGGGUCGGCAAGUCGACCUGUACCCGGCUUUGACGUGGUGCUGCACAACCACGACGAGCCCACGGAGGACCCGAAUGAGGUCAAGGAAGGCAGCAUCUUGCUGCGGUUGCCGCUGCCUCCAGGUGGAUAGUACCCUCACAAUAUAGUAGGUCCAAGGACUGAUGUAUUGCAGGAUGCUUUACAACGCUCUACAACAACGAAACUGAGUACGUGUCCAAGUACAUGGAGGAACACCCGGGCUUUUACACGACGGGGGACGCUGGGUUUAUCGACCCCGACAAUUACGUGUUUGUAUGUACAGUGACAGUUGAAACUUGUAACGGGCAAUGAUAUAUAUCAUUUUGGGCGUAGAUCAUGUCUCGUACAGACGACAUCAUCAACGUCGCGGGCCAUCGAUUGAGCACUGGCGCCAUCGAAGAAGUCGUCCAACGCGACGACAACGUGGCCGAAUGUGCCGUGGUCCGUCCCGUGUCUCAUGUUGGAUCGAUCGUGUGAAACACGCUGCUGUAGGUCGGUGUCGCAGACAACCUCAAGGGCCAAGUCCCGAUUGCACUCGUGGUGCUGAAAUCAAAUGCGAGCCAGUCCAAAGCCGAGGUCGCCGCGGCCAUCGUGAGGCGCGUGCGCCAAGACAUUGGCGCGUUCGUGUGCCUUCGAGACGUGGUCGUGGUGGAGCACUUGCCCAAGACCCGGUCGGGCAAGAUUGUGCGCCGCACGAUCCAGACCAUGGCUGACAAUAAACCGUUUGCAGUGCCCGCGACCAUCGAAAACGAAUCUGUCUUGGACGACAUCCUCAUGGCCCUCCAGUCCAUCGGGUACGCCAAGCACCCCCACCAUCUACGCCACCAACAAGUCGCAGCAGCACCCCACUAGCUACAGUAUGCACUACAGUAGAAGCCCAGUACUAACUACACUGUACUACUUCGAAGGAGUAUUAUAGUACCAGGACACUUGAAAAACAAAAUUGGUUAACUGUAAAAUGAUAAUACAGUACAUGUAUUGUGCUCUCGA